GCGGGAGCCGAGCGCGGCGGGGGGAUCGGGGCGGGCGGGCAUCGCCAGCUCCCGGUGCCGGAACGGCCGCCGUGCCUCGCCGCGGGCCCGGACGGGCGCUGCUGCCGCCGCCGGGAACCGGGGACAGGGUGCCGGGGCCGGAGCCGAGCGGCCGCGGGGGCUGCGCCGUGGGACCGGGCCCGGACGACCUCUGCGUGCGGGACGGGCACGGACGCACGCCCGGGGCUUCGGCGGCCGCCGUCGGGCCGUGAUUAGCGGCUCCCGCCCGGACAAUUAAAAUGCAGCGCUGGGGCAUGGCCGUCAAUGUGUACUCCACGUCGGUGACCAGCGAGAACCUGAGCCGCCAUGACAUGCUGGCCUGGGUCAACGACUCCCUGCAGCUCAACUACACCAAGAUCGAGCAGCUCUGCUCAGGGGCUGCCUAUUGCCAGUUCAUGGACAUGCUGUUCCCCGGCUGCGUGCACCUGCGCAAGGUGAAGUUCCAGGCCAAGCUGGAGCACGAGUACAUCCACAACUUCAAGGUGCUGCAGGCCGCCUUCAAGAAGAUGGGAGUGGACAAAAUCAUCGCCGUGGAGCGGCUGGUGAAGGGCAAGUUCCAGGACAAUUUUGAGUUCAUCCAGUGGUUCAAGAAGUUCUUUGACGCCAACUACGACGGGAAGGAGUACAACCCUCUGCUGGCACGGCAGGGCCAGGACGUGGCGCCCCCCCCUAACCCAGGUGAUCACAUCUACAACAAACCCAAGAAACCCAUUGGCACCGCAGUGCCCCAGAGGACCUCGCCCACGGGCCCCAAGAACAGCCCGAACCCCGCCCGCCUCGGCACCGUGCCCAGCGGCAUCCUACGGAAAAACUCGCCCGCCGCCCGCAACGGCGGCACCGAGGCCGACGCGCAGAUCCUGGAGCUCAACCAGCAGCUGAUGGACCUGAAGCUGACAGUGGACGGGCUGGAGAAGGAGCGGGAUUUCUACUUCAGCAAACUGCGGGACAUCGAGCUCAUCUGCCAGGAGCACGAGAACGAGAACAGCCCCAUCAUCACCGGCAUCGUCAGCGUGCUCUAUGCCACGGAGGAGGGCUUUGCCCCGCCGGAGGAUGACGAGCUGGAGGAGCAGCCGCCAGAGGAGCAGGACGAGUACUAACCCCGGCCCGCGCCCCCUGCGCCCCCCGCGCCGCCCCCAGCACAGACAUCGAGCUCCGAGCCCGCGCCCCGCCCGUCACACGCCACGGGCAGCUCCGGGCUGGGGAAGCACCAUCUCCAUCGGCAGCCGCCAUCCCCGGGCGAGGAGCGCGGCUGCGCCGGGGCUGGGGCUGGGGCUGGGGACGGGCUCUGGCCCCGGCCGGGGCCUGCCCAGCCACCCCCUCCCCGUAUUUAUUUCUGUUGUCCCCCCCGGUGCGAGCGAGCGCCGCGUCCCGCCCCGGUGAGAGUGAGAAGGGAGGCCCGGUCCUGGGGGCUGCUCACCUCGCUGGGACCCUCAGGGCCCCAGGACCCCCGUGGCACAGCGAGUGCCAGCCUGCUGGAGCGGGAGGCCGCGCAGCAGAGGAGAGAGAAGUGGGUUCAGCUUCCUGCCAAGGUGAAAGGUAGAGCCCAGCCCAGCGCGGCCAUGGCAGCCACGGGGGUCCCGGAGAGGGGGCCGUGCUCAGCACGGCACGGCACGGCACGGAACGGAACGGCAGCGCGCCCUCUCCUCUCGCCGGCGGCCCCCGGGAGCCGGGGCUGGGCUGGGUCACCGCCAGGGCUCGCACGCCCGCCCGCCCCGGCUGCCAUGUCCCCGUCGCAUCGCUUGUCUGGUCCAUCACUCCGGUCGCAACGCUGCAUCUGUGUUCGGUUUUAUUUAAAUAAACUCGUGUGGUAACACUG